AAUUAUUGCAAACCGAUAAAAUUUGCAAAAAAGAACAACUAAAGGUACCAUGCACCAGGACUGGUAUAUAAAUGCUUGCAAUUAGCGAGUAGAUGCAACAGUUUGUUUAACGUUCACCAACGUAGCGACACAAGAAGAACCUUUACUCUAGCAACAUGGAUUUCAACACCGCCUGCGAAAAAGCCAAAGCUUUCACCAAGAAGCCAACCGAUGCUGAAUUCUUGGAAUUCUACGGUCUCUUCAAGCAAGCCACCGUUGGUGAUGUUAACAUUCCAGCUCCCAGCGCCAUUGACUUGAAGGCCAAGGCUAAAUUCGACGCAUGGAACAAGCACAAGGGUCUGUCCCAGGAUGCCGCCAAGGCCGCCUACGUUGCCACUUAUGAGAAAUACGCACCCAAAUACGCUUAAAUUAUAUACGGUUUAGGCAAAUCAAAUUAGUUAUUCUCUCUUUUUAAUGGAAUAUGUUAAAUAAAUGAACUGCUAAUUGAAACAAA